CCGUAAUCGGUAGAUGGGUAGAUCAGAACGGUGCAGUACGUACUGAUACUUAUCGGCGAGUGGAUGCGUAUAGUAUAUUGUGUUCGAACGACAUAUUAACACUUGCUUAAAUAAUGGUUUGUCUUCUGUGCGGCGCGUUUCUCCUCGGUUGCUGCGCAAUACUGUUUACUUUAACGAGAAGAUACUUUUGCUCCCGUGGGUCGCCAAAGUUAACGAAGUUACCGGAAACCUGGUGGACGCCCGGCACCGAGGGCUCUGUCAACAAUGACAUUAGACCGUACAAAGUUACCUUUUCCGAAGAGGUGAUAAAAGAUUUAAAAUAUCGAUUAGAGAUUGUUUCACUCCUUAAAAAUAAUAAAGGAUUUGAAGUACCGAUUAUAAAGCAGAGUAGACCUCUGACACCUUUAUUGAAAGACGUUGCCUGGAAUUACGACACUAACACCGAUACCUUGCGCGAACUUCUUGAUUACUAG